CCUACCUUCUCUUUUGACACCACAAGUUUGUAUCUCCUCCGACGGCCGGCGACGUUUCUUCUCCCAAACCAACUCUCCCCUGAAAAUGGCCUCCUCCCUUUUCUCUUUCAACACCUCUUUCUCUACCAAACCCGAUUCUCUCUUCCACCGCUCCGCUCGCCGGAACUCUUCCUCUCCUUUCACCGUCGUCUGUUCCUCCGCCACUUCCGACUCUGCCGCCUCCCCUGUUCUCCACUCAUCUCCGCCCCUCGGACACCAGUUCGCUUCUGCCAAUAUUCAGGACGAUUCUCAUCGCCGUUGUUCCGUAGCCGUUGACGUCGGCCAUAAUUUCUCGGCGAAGUAUGUGCCGUUUGGUUCUGGCUAUGAUUCCUCCGAGUGGUACUCGCUCGACGAAAUUGUUUAUCGGAGCCGGUCCGGCGGGCUUCUCGAUGUUCAGCACAACAUGGAAGCGUUGAAGAAAUUCGACGGAGCGUAUUGGCGAAAUCUGUUCGAUUCGCGCGUGGGGAAGACGACCUGGCCGUACGGGUCCGGCGUUUGGAGCAAGAAAGAGUGGGUACUGCCGGAGAUUGAUUCCAGCGACAUCGUCAGCGCCUUCGAAGGAAAUUCGAAUCUCUUCUGGGCGGAGCGUUUUGGGAAACAGUUUCUAGGUAUGAAUGAUCUAUGGGUCAAACAUUGCGGGAUUAGCCACACCGGUAGUUUCAAAGACCUUGGAAUGACUGUUUUGGUCAGCCAAGUCAAUCGCCUCCGGAAAAUGAACCGCCCUGUCUUCGGCGUCGGCUGCGCCUCAACUGGAGACACCUCCGCCGCUCUCUCCGCCUACUGCGCUGCCGCAGGAAUUCCAUCCAUUGUCUUCCUCCCAGCCGAUAAAAUUUCCAUCGCGCAAUUAGUUCAGCCAAUUGCAAACGGCGCUUUCGUCUUAAGCAUGGAUACCGACUUCGACGGCUGUAUGAAACUAAUCCGUGAAGUCACGGCGGAGCUUCCGAUUUACCUGGCGAAUUCUCUCAACAGUUUGAGACUGGAAGGGCAAAAGACGGCGGCCAUUGAAAUCCUUCAACAGUUCGACUGGGAAGUGCCAGAUUGGGUAAUCAUACCAGGCGGAAACCUAGGGAAUAUAUAUGCAUUUUACAAAGGCUUUCAAAUGUGCAAAGAAUUAGGUCUCGUCGACAAGAUUCCACGCCUGGUUUGUGCUCAAGCGGCAAAUGCAAAUCCGCUUUACUUGUAUUACAAAUCUGGUUGGAAAGAGUUCUCGCCAUUGAAGGCGACCACGACUUUUGCUUCUGCAAUACAGAUUGGGGAUCCAGUUUCCAUUGACAGAGCUGUGUUCGCUCUGAAAAACUCCGGCGGAAUUGUGGAAGAAGCGACGGAAGAGGAACUAAUGGACGCCACGGCUCAGGCUGAUUCGACGGGGAUGUUCAUUUGCCCUCACACAGGGGUUGCAUUAACAGCUCUGAUUAAGCUGAGAAACCGCGGCGUCAUCGGAGCGAGUGACCGGACGGUGGUGGUAAGCACUGCUCAUGGUCUGAAAUUCACUCAAUCCAAGAUCGAUUACCACUCGCGAGCAAUCCCGGGGAUGGAAUGCCGAUAUGCAAACCCGCCGGUGGAAGUGAAAGCGGAAGUUGGGGCUGUUAUGGAUGUUCUUAAGGAACAUCUGUUGAAGAAGACUCCUAAAUUUGAGUCAUAGGCAUUUAUUUGGAGAAGCGCCAUUAAUUAAUGAAUGUGCAGUGGAGCUUCGUCUUCAAGGUAUCGAAGACUCUGUUUUUUGACCGUCUAGCUGUUGUUGUUGUUGAAUAUUUGUGAUGAACAUACAGUGUACCAACUGAGCUUUUGCCGUUUCUCCAAAGUUUGUGUGUAUACUUGUUUCUUUCUUUUGUUUGAUUAUUUGUGUCAUGGUAUUUUGACGUUUGACGGACACAAUAUGCCCGGUGAUCGCGUUUCCGAUAGAAAUUAUUCAACUUCCUUCAA